AUGUGGUUUCAAAUUGUUUUAGCUCUAAUUCUAAUUUACAUUUUAGCUAAUUUGAAAGGUUUACAAGAGUACUAUUACAAAUGGAGGACAGCCAGGAAUAUACCACACUUUGGUCAUGUUCCUUUCAUUGGCAGUAUUCCUUUCAUACCACUGGAGUUUGACAGUAAGGGUCUAAAGAUAAAAUAAGAUGACAAAUAUUAGAAGGCAUUUUUAAAGAUUUUGUCAAAAUUUUAAAAAAUUAGUUUUUCAGGGUUGGUUAACAAAAUUUUGAUUUUAUAUGUAGAUGUGAGGGUAUAACUUGGCAUAUAGAUAAUCAACCAAGUUUGGAGCAAAGUAUUCAACAUUUUAAUUUUUUAGAAUUUACCCAAUUUUACCUUGACUUUGCUGCUAAAACACUAGAACAAGGGCAUACUGUAAUGGCAGGCUGGUUCUUUAAUGAGCUUUCGGUUGUGCCAUUAGAUGCGGACGCAGUUAAGGUACGGUAAAAUAUACGGUAGUUUAAUUACUUUAUAAUUUGAUUUUUUUUACUAGUAGUCCCUUUUUUUAUUAACAUUGGGUUACUGUAAUAAUACUAUAUAAAUUGACUUAAUGUUGCUAUAAGAUAUAUUGUGGCAGUUGUUAUUGACUGAUAUGUUAUUGUCUUUUGUUUUGACUUUAUUUUUACAUUUCUUUUCUAAACUUUUAAAUAAUGUCAUUUUAGGUAAUAACGAACAGUUCAGUAGAGUUGAAAAAAGGCAGAGAUUACAAGUUUGUAGAGAGAUGGCUAGGACCAGCAUUAUUAUUGGGCGAUGGAGAAAGGUGGCACAAAACUCGAAAAUUGGUCACUCCUGGAUUCCAUUUCCAAAAACUUGAAGAAUAUGCUCCUAUUAUUGACCGGCAUUGUAGGGUAAGUCAUUAUGGUAGUUAAUUGUUACCAUAAUUAAAAAUGAGCGAUGAAUUUCAACAACUAUUAGGUUGGUCAAAUAAUUCUGUGCCUCCUGUCAGAGAAAAUUCUUGGAGUUAGGGGCACAUAAUUAUUUAAAAAAGCUUGAAACAUAGCCAAUACUCAGUUCAUUUUCAAUAAUGCCACAAUUUUUUAGACAAUGAUUUCCAACCUCCGCCAGAUUGAAGAUGGCGUCGAAGUGAAUCUCUACGGUAAUGUAAAGAAUCUUGCUUUGGAUAUCAUUGCUGAAACCGCAAUGGGAGUGCAUCUAGAUGCCCAAAACAACUCGGAAACACCGUAUGUCAAAGCGGUGAAGCACUUCAACGCAUUGGCUAUGAUCGUGUCACAAAAGCCACAUUACUUCUUCUUCAAUGCCUUUUUGUGGAAAUUGACUGGAUACGAAAAGGAUACGGUGGAGACCUUGAAAAUACUGAAAGAGCUGACUGACAAGGUAAGAUGGUUUUGGGGACUGUUUUCAAUUAUAGCCAUGCCAGGGGCAAUAUUUUUUGAAAACUAUUCUUUAAAUAAUUUUUUUUUAAAUUUGGUCGAUUUCCAGGUGAUUCAAGAACGCGUAGAAGAACGCAAAGAAGACUCUGAAAGUUAUCAUAUCACUCAAAAACCAGACUUUUUGGGUAUUCUACUGAAAGCUUAUGAAGACGGUGAACUUCCGUUCGAGAACCUACGAGAAGAGGUCGAUACCUUCAUGUUCGCAGGUAUGAAUUUCUCUUUUACUGACAUAAAAUUUAAAAAAUUGUGAAAUUUUCAAAAAAUUGGCUUUAACUUUUUUUUGGGUCCUAACACGCAAGUCAGGUUGAUCAGUUAAAUGGUGAGAAGAUGAAGUAAAUUAUGAAUGUCAUGAAUAUAUAUGAAAUUUUAAAACAUUUUUAGUUACAUUUUUUGUGAAAAAUGAAGCUUACUGUAACUUUGCUUUAUUUCAGGCCACGACACCACCUCCCACGCAGUAGCAUGGACCAUCUGGGCAUUAGCCACGCAUCCAGAAGUUCAAGAGAAGCUUUAUCAAGAACUGAUUUCUGAAUUCACGAAUGAUGAUGACUUUACCUCACCAAGACUCAAAGGGCUGCCGUAUUUGGACAAGGUCUUUAAAGAAUCUAUGAGGAUCUGUUCUCCAGUACCAAUUACUCAAAGGCAACUUGUUAAUGAGAUCCAGAUGGGAGGGUAUACUAUUCCUAUUGGUACUACGAUUCAUAUAUCACCAUUGGUGCUGCAUUGGAACAAGAAGGUAUGGAUAGGAGAGGCUUUGGAUUUUUUGGAAAGUUUUCUGAAAAAAAUUCAAGUAUCAUUUCAAAACAAAAAUUUAAAAAAUUGAAAAUAUUGUAUUGCCUUUCUUAUACUAUUACAAAACCAAAUACGACUUUUUUAGGCCUUCCCCAACCCCGAAAAGUUCGAUCCAGAGAGAUUUGCUGAAGGAAAGCAGAUACCUCCAGAGUACAUUCCGUUUAGUGCUGGUCCUCGUAAUUGUAUCGGUCAGAAAUUUGCUACACGUGAAGCCAAAAUCAUGAUUGCACACUUAAUUUACAAUUUUAAAAUUAAUGCCGAUCUUCCAUUCGAUAAGAACUUGAAAACGGCCGAAGUUGUUUUAGCUCCAAAACUGGGCGUUCCUGUCAGAUUGUACAAAAGAUUUUAG